AGGGGCAACUCUACUUCCGGUUUCUUCGACUGUGCGGAAGUGGGCGGAGCUACGAGGGAAAACAGCCUUCCUUUCCGGGGUAGGGGCACAGUUGGAGAAUCAUCGAAGGGACGGAGAGACGCUUCUGAGGAUGACGCGGCACGGGAAGAACUGCACGGCGGGGGCUGUCUACACCUACCACGAGAAGAAGAAGGACACAGCGGCCUCAGGCUACGGGACCCAGAACAUUCGACUGAGCCGGGAUGCUGUCAAGGACUUCGACUGCUGCUGCCUCUCUCUGCAGCCCUGCCACGACCCCGUCGUCACCCCGGACGGCUACCUGUAUGAGCGCGAGGCCAUCCUGGAGUACAUUCUGCACCAGAAGAAAGAGAUCGCUCGGCAGAUGAAGGCCUACGAGAAGCAGCGGGGCGCCCGGAAGGAGGAGCAGAAAGAGCUGCAGCGGGCGGCGGCCAAGGACCAGGUGCGGGGCUUCCUGGAGAAGGAGGCAGCCAUCGUCAGCCGGCCCCUCAACCCCUUCACGCCCAAGACCAGCUCAGGGAAUGGCCCAGAUGAUACCCAACCCGGCCCCAGUGCGGGCGCCACAGGCAAGGACAAGGACAAAGCAUUGCCCAGCUUCUGGAUCCCGUCGCUGACCCCCGAAGCCAAGGCCACCAAGCUGGAGAAGCCGUCGCGCACCGUGACCUGCCCCAUGUCGGGGAAGCCUCUGCGCAUGUCGGACCUGACGCCCGUGCGCUUCACGCCGCUCGACAGCUCGGUGGACCGCGUGGGGCUCAUCACACGCAGUGAGCGCUACGUGUGCGCCGUGACGCGCGACAGCCUGAGCAACGCCACGCCGUGCGCCGUGCUGCGGCCCUCUGGGGCCGUGGUCACCCUUGAGUGCGUGGAGAAGCUGAUUCGGAAAGACAUGGUGGACCCUGUGAACGGGGAGAAGCUCACGGACCGCGACAUCAUCGUGCUGCAGCGGGGCGGCACGGGCUUCGCGGGCUCCGGAGUGAAGCUGCAGGCGGAGAAGUCGCGGCCGGUGAUGCAGGCCUGAGUGCGCCGGGGACCAAAUAAAAGGGCUUGGAGGACACUGGCUGUGCGGCGCCUUCAUUCGCCGCUGGAGCCCCGGGGACGCGGCGGCGGGCGCGCCGGGGUGACUCGGGUCUGAAAGCGCAGGCUAAGAGGAUCUCGUGUGCUCUCACGUUAGAGUAAAAUCGGAAUGGAACGCAAA